CGUGGCCAGCUGCCGGAAAACACUGGAGUACCAGGAGCUUGGGCGACGCUUAAGUGUAAAAGUGAAACGCACUUUAACAGUGCAGUGAAUGAGAAAGAGGUCGUAAGAUCGGUCUUUCGGCAGGACAGCAACACUCCUGUGUUCGCCUGCCGUGCUCGCCGAGCCGAGGACGGGAUCCCUGCUUUGUUUCAGCUGCUCCGCCUGAGAGGGCAUGUAGUGGACUCUGUCUCCUCCUCUUUUUACGCUCGUGAAUGGAAAGCAUCUCCAACCCGGACCGUUACCUCUCCGUUCCACGCGCAGGACCUGCUUUUGUGGUCUAGUUGGUGAUCACCGGACCGACAGCCUUUCAGAAGCUGACUCGGGAGAAAUGGACACCUUCUUCGCUGAGGGGGCGCGGGUCUGGGUGCAGGAGCGGGGGCAGCUCCACCCCUCCACAGUCUCUACCUGUGCGGACGGGUCUCUGGUCUUCACCUCCGACUACGGGCAGGUGCUCAGCCUGCAGGGGGCAGUGAGCCGGGAGCGGGUGCAGCCGAUGCACAGCAGCAGUGUGAACGGGGUGGAGGACAUGUCCUCUCUGUCCGAGCUCCAUGAAGCCGCCAUCAUGCUCAACCUGCACCAGCGCUACCAGAGGGACUGCAUCUACACGAACAUCGGCUCCAUCCUGGCGGCGCUGAACCCCUAUAAGCGCAUCGCGGGUCUGUACGACGCGGCCGCCGUGGAGCUGUACAGCCGGCACCGCCUGGGGGAGCUGCCCCCCCACAUCUUCGCCAUCGCCAACGAGUGCUACCGCUGCCUGUGGAAACGGCACGACAGCCAGUGCGUGCUCAUCAGUGGAGAGAGCGGAGCUGGGAAGACGGAGAGCACCAAGCUGCUGCUCCAGUUCCUGUCCGUCAUGAGCCAGAACUCUGCUGGGACUCCGCCCACCGAGCGGACCACGCACGUGGAGAAAGCCAUCGUACAGAGCAGUCCUAUCAUGGAGGCAUUUGGGAAUGCCAAAACAGUUUAUAACAACAACUCCAGCCGCUUCGGGAAGUUUAUCCUGCUGCACUUUUCCCAGAGCGGGAACAUCCAGGGAGGCUGUGUGGUGGACUAUCUGCUUGAAAAGAACCGCGUGGUGCGGCAGAACCCUGGGGAGAGGAACUAUCACAUCUUCUACGCUCUGCUGGCUGGAGCAGACCAUGAUCACAGAGAGCUGUACUUCCUGUCUGAGCCCGAGUCGUACCACUACCUCACCCAGUCAGGCUGCGUGCGCGACAAGAGCCUCGACGACAAGCAGCUGUUCGACAGCGUCAUGGAGGCUCUGACGGUGAUGGAGUUCAGGGAGGAGGAGAUCCGCGACGUGUUCAAGCUGCUGUCUGCGGUGCUGCAGAUGGGCAACAUCGAGUUCAUGACCGCCGGCGGCGCCCAGAUCACCACCAAGGGAGUGGUCAGUGUAGUCAGUGAGCUGUUGGGGUUGGACUGGUUCCAGCUGUCAGAGGUUCUGACCCAGCGCUCCCUCAUCUUACGCGGAGAGGAGAUCUGCUCCCCCCUCACCGUAGAGCAGGCAGUGGACUCUCGGGACUCGGUCGCCAUGGCGCUGUACGCCCAGUGCUUCUCCUGGAUCAUCAUGCGGAUCAACCAGAAGAUCAAGGGGAAGGACAACUUCAAGUCCAUCGGCAUCCUGGACAUCUUCGGCUUCGAGAACUUUGAGGUGAACCGAUUUGAGCAGUUCAACAUCAACUACGCCAACGAGAAGCUACAGGAGUAUUUCAACAAGCACAUCUUCUCCCUGGAACAGCUUGAGUACAAUAGAGAGGGGAUUAGCUGGGAGGCCAUUGAUUGGAUGGAUAACGCGGAGUGUCUGGACCUCAUAGAGAAGAAACUGGGUAUGCUGGCGCUCAUAAAUGAGGAGAGCCGCUUCCCCAAAGGCACCGACUCCACCCUCCUGGAGAAACUGCACAGCCGCCAUGCUACGAACCCGUACUACGUGAAGCCUCGGGUGGCUGAUCACCAGUUUGGCAUCAGGCACUACGCUGGAGAGGUUCUGUAUGAUGUGAGAGGUAUCCUGGAGAAGAACAGAGACACUUUCAGAGACGACAUCCUCAACAUGCUGAAAGACAGCAGGCAGGACUUUAUCUAUGACCUGUUUGAGCGCGUGGGCAGCAGGAGCAGUGAGGAGACUCUGAAGAUGGGCACCGCCCGCCGCAAGCCCACCGUCAGCUCGCAGUUCCGGGACUCUCUGCACUCCCUCAUGGCCUCCCUGAGCGCCUCCAACCCUUUCUUCAUCCGCUGCAUCAAGCCCAACAUGGAGAAGACUCCGAACCGGUUGGACCCGGACGUGGUGCUGAACCAGCUGCGCUACUCCGGGAUGCUGGAGACGGUGAAGAUCCGACGCGCGGGCUUCCCGGUUCGGAGAACGUUCCAGGACUUCUUCAGCAGGUAUAAGAUGUUCCUGAGGGUCAGAAACGCCGCGGGCGAUGAGAGGGGGAAAUGCUCAGAGCUGCUCUCGCAGUAUGACUCCACCAAGACAGAGUGGCAACUGGGAAAAUCAAAGGUGUUCCUGAAGGAGGCGCUGGAGCAGAGGCUGGAGAAGGAGAGAGAGGAGGUGCGGCGGAAGGCUGGCAUGGUGAUCCGAGCGCACAUACUGAGCUAUGUGGCAAGGAAGCACUACAAGCGGGUCCUGGCGAGCACCGUGACCAUCCAGAAGAACUACCGCGCCUACUUCUGGAGGAAGGCCUUCCUGCGGCUGCGCUUCGCUGUCCUGGUGCUACAGAAGCACCGGCGUGGACAGCUGGCCCGCAGCCUGUACCGCCACCUACGCCAGGAGCGCCGCAGGAGGGAGGAGGAGGAGGAGGAGCGGAGGAGAGCGGAGGAGGAGGAGGAGGAGCGGCUGCGGCUGCAGGAGCGGGAGGAGCUGAGGAAGAGGGAGGAGGAAGAGGCGGAGCUCCUCAGGGUCCGACAGGAAGAGGCGGAGCUCCUCAGGGUCCGACGGGAAGAGGCGGAGCUGAAGCGGAGGCUGGAGGCGGAGGAGCUGAAGGCCAGGCAGGAAGUGGAGGCGCAGAGACCGGAAGAGGGGAGAGAGAGCGGGAACACCGUAGGGACAGAUCUACCCGCUCCUCAGGCGGCGGUGUGUGUGGCCUGCGGUCCGGGCCCCUGCGGUCCGGGCCCCUGCGGUCUGGGCCCCUGCGGCUCCGUGGAGGAGGCGCGGCAGAUGGAGGAGAUCCUGCGCCUGGAGCGGGAGAUCGAGCGGCUGCAGCAGCAGCGGGAGGAGGGGGUGUCGCUCCUGUGCGGCUCCUCGCGCUCCGAGCUCCAGCAGCGGCGCUCCGAGGAGAUCCUGCGCCUGGAGCGCGAGGCGUCGCGCAUGGCCGAGGCCUUCGUGGAGCUGCUGGACUUCGGCGGGCUGGAGCAGGACAACCCACAGGACCCGUCCGACACCUCCGCUCCGCUGGCCGAGGAGGAGGAGGAGGAGGAGGAUGAGGGCUUCCACGCCGAGGAGGAGGCCGCCCUGCCCCUGCCCGACUUCCCCCCCCCCGCGCCCCCCCUCCUCCAGGACAUCUUCGCCGACCUGCCUCCUCCUCCCCCGCCCGUCUCCGCGGAUGGGGUGUGCACCUCUUCGCCCAAACGCCCCCCGGUGGCCUCUUCCCCUGCCCCGCCCCCGCUGCUGCCCCCGCUCCUCCCCCCGCCCCCCCCGGCGCUCGGGGGUGCAGUCGGUGUUCCGGGCGUUCCCGACGUUCCGGACCGGAACGCUGACAGCUUGGCGGACUCGGAGGAGCCGAUUUACAGCAUGCCGCUGGACGUGGAGUCGGACUACGACCAGGACGAGCUGGAGGAGGCGCUGGGCAGCUCCGGAGAUGGCCACGUGACCGAUGGGAACGCCCUGCGCAAGUCCACCUGCACCUACAACAGCCUGGACUCCUACCGCGGCAGCUCCGACUCCUUCAUUGACAGUGACGAUGAGAACGACGGCUACGUGGACACGGAUGAGGAGGUGUCCAACGGCCGGGUGACCCUCCUCAACGGCACCGGCCCUCCGUACUUCCACAGCUACCUCUACAUGAAGGGUGGGCUGAUGAACCCGUGGCGCCGGCGCUGGUGUGUGCUGAAGGACGAGACGUUCAUGUGGUUCCGGGCGAAGCAGGACUCGGUGAAGUGCGGCUGGCUGUACAAGAAGGGCGGCGGCAUGUCCACGCUCUCCCGCCGCAACUGGAAGAUGCGCUGGUUCGUGCUGCGCGAGGCCAAGCUCAUGUACUUCGAGAACGACAGCGAGGAGAAGCUGAAGGGAACCAUCGACGUCCGCUCCGCCAGGGAGAUAGUGGACAACCAUGAGAAGGAGAACGCUCUGAACAUCGUGACGGAGGAGAGGACGUACCAGGUGUUUGCCGAGUCCCCAGAGGACGCCAGCGGCUGGUUCAGUGUACUGAGUCGGGUCCAUAGUGCCACCCCAGAGCAGCUGCUGGAGAUGCAGCACGAACAGGCCAACCCCAAAAACGCUGUGGGAACACUGGACGUUGGGCUGAUCGACUCAGUCUGCGCCUCGGAUAAUCCUGACAGGCCCAACUCCUUCGUGAUCAUCACGGCCAAUCGGGUGAUCCACUGCAACACGGACCUGCCCGAGGAGAUGCACCACUGGAUCAGCCUCCUGCAGAAGCCCCGGGGCGAGGCCCGGGUGGACGGCCAGGAGUUCCUGGUCAGAGGCUGGCUGCACAAGGAGAUGACCGGCGGGGGGAAGGGUGCCUCCCUGAAACUGAAGAAGCGCUGGUUUGUCCUGAACAAUAACUCCCUGGACUACUACAAGUCCUCCGAGCGCACCGCCUCCAAGCUGGGCACCCUGGUGCUGAACAGCCUCUGCUCCCUGGUCCAGCCCGACGAGAAGGUCUUCAAAGAGACGGGUUACUGGAACAUCAUCGUUCACGGGCGGAAGCACUCGUACCGCCUCUACACCAAGAUGCUGAACGAGGCCAUGAGGUGGGCGUCCGCCAUACAGGGCGUCAUCGACAACAAGGUUCCCAUAGAAACGCCCACCCAGCAGCUGAUCCGGGACAUUAAGGAGAACAGCCUGAACCCGGAGGCCGUGGAGCAGACCUACCGCAGGAACCCCAUCCUCAGAUACACCCAGCACCCCCUGCACUCCCCGCUCCUGCCCCUGCCCUACGGGGAGGUCACCGUCAGCCUCCAUAAGGAGAAGGGCUAUGCCAGUCUUCAGGACGAGGCGGUGCGGAUGUUUAACUCCCUGCAGGAGAUGGAGACGGUGUCGGACCCGGUGCCCAUCAUCCAGGGCAUUCUGCAGACGUGUCAGGACCUGCGGGCGCUGCGGGACGAGGUCUACUGCCAGCUCAUCAAACAGACCAAUCACGUGCCCCAGCCCAGCAGCCCGGCCAAUGGCGCGCACUGGCACCUCCUGGCCUGCAUGAGCUGCACCUUCCUGCCCAGCCGGGGCAUCCUGCGCUACCUCCGCUUCCACCUGAAGAGGAUCAGGGAGCAGUUUUCGGGGACAGAGAUAGAGAAGUUUGCCCUCUUCAUCACCGAGUCGCUGAAGAAGACCAAGUCCCGGGAGUACGUCCCCUCUCAGGAGGAGAUCGCCGCCCUGCUGGCCCGGCAGGAGAUGACCACCACCGUGUACUGCCACGGAGGAGGGUCCUGCAAGAUCUCCAUCAACUCCCACACCACUGCUGGAGAGGUGGUAGAGAAGCUGAUCCGGGGCCUGGCGAUGGAGGACAGCAGGAACAUGUUCGCCCUGUUUGAGCACCGCGGCUCCACCGCCCGGGCCGUGGAGAGCCGCGUCAUCGUGGCCGACGUCCUGGCCAAGUUCGAGAGGCUGGCGGGCAGCGAGGAUGAGGAGGAGGAAGGACAGUGGCGGUUGUAUUUCAAACUCUACUGCUUCCUGGACGUGGAGAGUGUUCCGAAGGAAGGGGUGGAGUUCGCCUUCAUGUUCGAGCAGGCCCACGAGAGCCUGAUCAGCGGGCACUUCCCGGCGCCGGAGGAGACCCUGCAGCACCUGGCGGCGCUGCGGCUGCAGUACCUGCAGGGGGACGCCGUGCGCGGGAGCUGGAGCCUGGAGCAGCUGUACCCGCUGGGCCGGCUGCGCGCCCGCAUCCUGCAGUCCACCAAGGCGGGCGGGGCGGUGGGCGCGGCCGGGGCGGGGCCGGGGGCGGGGGCGGGGCCGGCCGGCGGCCACGCCCUGGAGCGCCGCAGGACCAGCUUCCUGGACGGCACGCUGCGGCGCAGCUUCCGGACCGGCUCGCUGCGGAAGCAGCGCGUGGAGGAGGAGCAGAUGCUGGAGAUGUGGGUGAGGGAGGAGACGUCGGCCACGCGCGCCAGCGUGCUGGAGAAGUGGGGCCGUCUGCAGGGCCUGCCGCAGCUCCAGGCCAUGCUCAAGUACAUGUGCGUCGUCAAGGAGUGGCCCGGCUACGGCUCCACCCUCUUCGACGCGGAGUGUAAGGAAGGCGGUUUUCCCCAUGACCUGUGGCUGGGCGUGAGUGCGGAGAGCGUGUCCGUGUACAAGCGAGGAGAGCCCCGGCCCCUGGAGACCUUCCCCUACGAACACAUCGUCUUCUUUGGAGCUCCGCAGGCCAGGACCUUCAAGAUCACCGUGGACGAGAGAGAGCUGUUCUUUGAAACACCACAGGUUGGCGAGAUCACCAAGAUCAUGAAGGCCUACAUCAACAUGAUCGUGAAGAAGAGAUGCAGCGUGAGAUCGGAGUCCAGCUGUGGCAGCUCCUGGAUCAGAUGAUGGCCACGGGCCAAUCAGGACGCAGUUCCCUCCGAGCAGGAGGGCGGGGCCCGUCAGGACAGGAAGGAGUUCUGCUCAGGAGAGCAGCUGGUUGGACAAAGUUAAGGUGUCAAUCAGAUCACAUCACAGUUUAGCUGAAUCCAUAUCUGAUUAGAGGGCAUUGGCUUAUCUGUAAUCCUUUAUGUAACCAGGAGAGGUGCAUUGAGAAUGUGUUCUCGCUCAAGGAUGCCCUGGAAGAAAUGCCAGAGAGAACAGUCGCAGGUUGGACGAGAGAGAGGGAGAGAGGGAGAACAGGGGUAAAGCCCCUGGAGCAGUUUUUUGGGGUGAGGGCCCAACGGCAGGGUUCUUUUUUGUUUAGGGCCCCGACUUCAUCUCUCCAGAUUCAGGUCAGCAUCUCUAUAUGCCGACCGGGGCCUCAAACCAGUGAUUCCAUAGCUGCCACUCGAACACCAGAACACUCAGCUACCCUGCCACCAGUCCUGUUGGUGGAAAUUACUGAUGGAUGUCAAACUUCAGCCAGAGAACACUUCAGCUGUGUCUCUCAGCAACUACAACCAGACAACAACUCCCGAGUUUAACACCGUAACUCCUGCAUCACAGCCUCCCUCAACCGGAUUCUCCCACAACCUCGACUAAAUUCACAUUUUACUGCCAGUUUGUAAUCCAGAUUGAACACCCCCCACCGGUUCUCAUGUGGUCGGUCAUACUCCAGGCCCUUUGUUUCGGUAUGCACGGUGACGCGUCAGAAUGACUACUGAGAGGUUUUCACGCCCAAUCUCUCCCAAUUCACCUGAACUGCCAAACCCAUAACAAAAUGGCUGCCUGAUUUAACUUGUUAUGCUAACGCGAUACCAAAAGCCCCUCUCCCCAGGCGAUCCUUGAUGUUAUCAUGUGUUUAUAGUGACAUGGGUGUGUCCCACAUGCAGGGGCGCCGUCUGAAUUCAGGUUCUAAACGUCAAGCUCUCACAUCAACUGUCUCAGCUUCUGAUGGACUUGUUUGUGUUUUUUUACGUAAUUUACACGUCUGUCGUUAUGAUAAUCCAAAUAUAAUUUAAUAAUCCUUUUUUUUCUACAGCAUACACAAUAUUCAAUACAACGCCAAUCCUACUUUUAUAUUCUGCAUAUUUAGCCUGUAUAGAUGAACAAGCUAUUUUAUUCAGUGUACUAUUCCAAUAGUAUUUCAAAGACACAGAAUGCAAGAAUUGAAAAGGUCAAAAAAGAAAAUGAAACUGACAACGGUCAGUUUGUAUGUCUGUCCCAAGAAGACUCAUUCAGGUUUAGGUCCUCUGGGUGUGGCGGGAGAUAUAGACCGUUUCCAUCCCUGAGUCUUGAUGCCUUAAACAGUCUCGCUGCGUCUGACCCCGCCGUGGCAGUCCUCUGUAUCCCUGACUCACUGGAGUACAGCCCAGUGCUAACAUGCUAGCGUACAGACUGUUCUAUGGCCCAGUGCUAACAUACAGACCGUUCUAUGGCCCAGUGCUAACAUACAGACCGUUCUGUGGCCCAGUGCUAAUGUGCUAACAUACAGACGGUUCACUGGAGUACGGCCCAGUGCUAACGUACAGACAGUUCUCCCCACAAAUGGAUGGACCUUUAAACCAACACACUUCUGUUACCACGCGUCAGUAACAGAUAUGGACAUUUAACGCUCUUGUUCCACAGUGACCAGGCCUCUGGGCUGCUGUAGGGCCUGGUCUCCUGUGCGUGUGCGGAGUUAAGAAGGCAAAAAAAGAAGAUAAGAGCUCCUUUAUCUGAAGAGUACUGUGUAAUUUGCUAUAAAAUAUGCAACAUUUUAUGAGUGUAAUGCAGGUUUUGUGACCGUGUGUGUGGAGGGUGGGGAUGGAGGUGAAAGUGUGUAGCUCAGUACGUUUUCAAUGAGUUUGAAAAGAAAGAGUGUUUCUGC